CUCCCCAGGCGGAUCUGGAAGAGGAAACAUGCCACGACUUGACCGAGGAAUUCUGGGAUGCAAGUGAACACGCUCCCUGGGAGAAUCUGGAAGAGGCAACAUUCCACGACUUGACUGAGUCACAGGAAUUCGGGGACGUGAGUGAACACGCUCCCCAGGAGGUUUUGGAAGAGGCAACAUGCCACGACUUGACUGAGGAAUUCUGGGACGCAAGUGAACACGCUCCCCAGGCGGAUCUGGAAGAGGCAACAUGCCACGACUUGACUGAGGAAUUCUGGGACGCAAGUGAACACG